CACGCGGAAGUGUGCACUUUCCAAGCACUUCUAGCCGUUGGAAGAAGAGCUUAGCUUUUGCUUCUCUUUUUUAGGUCCGGUAACACAAUUUAAAUCCAAACAGGCGGAGACUUUUCUGUAUAAAGCUUUCCUUCCCUGCAUUUUCUUCUUCCCGCUCUAUAAAGAUUUCCUUCUCCCUUCAACUCCACUAUGGCUCCAAAGCGAUUGCCGCCGGCGGAGGAGGCGGAGGAGGACAGGAAUAGAUCUCAGAUAGGGAAGCGAUGGCGGGGCCUCUUAGUCCAGGAUGUUGUAGCCGAGCUCCAGCGGCUGCUUCCGGAGGAGCUUGAGAGGGUGAUUCGCAGAGUGGUUCCAGAAGUACUGAAAUUACUUGCCAACCAUGUUCAGCCAGCUUUCAGACUACCAAUCAAUCAGGAUGAGGAAAUCAAGUAUCGUCUGCAUUUUCAGAACAAGUUACCUCAGGAGAUUUUCACAUUCAGCAGAAUUGUAUCAGCAGACAGGAUGGGACUUCAGAUAGCUAUAAUGGAUUCUAAUUUAAAGGAGGUUAUCACUUCCAAUCCCUGGUCCUCAGUUAAGGUUGAGAUUGUUGUUGUUAAUGGUGAUUUUGAUCGUGAUGGACAAAAAAAUUGGACGGAGGAAGAGUUUAAAAAUAAAGUGGUAACUCAAAGAGGUAACAGAGGACCAUUGUUGGUGGGAGAACUAGUUAUUAAGCUGAACAAUGGGAUUGGUUGGCUUGCUUGUGCCAAUUUUACAGAUAACUCCAGUUGGACGAGAAGUCAGAAGUUCAGGCUGGCUGUGAGAAUUUGUCAAAGUGGGAACAUUGAAGAGAGAGUUCAAGAAGGAAUAAGCGAGCCUUUUAGGGUAAAAGAACGCCGUCUGGAAUCAAAUCAAAAGCAUCAUCCUCCAUUGCUGACUGAUGAGGUGUGGCGUUUGGAGAAUAUAAUGAGAAACGGUGUUUUACACAAGAGGCUUGAGAAAGGUGGGAUCCAUACUGUGCAGCAAUUCUUACAAGCCUUCACUACGGAUCCUGAAUGGCUGCGAACUUUACUUUGUGAUGAAGUAUCGAAGAAAGGAAUUUCAAACAAGAGGUGGGAUGCAAUUAUUGCGCAUGCUAAGGAAUGUCUCAUAGGCGACGAACUUUGUACUCAUAAUGUUGCAGGACAGAACAUGGGUGACUUUACUACAUCUCCACAGGAUCUUGUAAUGCAGAUGGGUGAUUUACCAGUCGGCAGCAUUCCCACACCCACCAGGACAGCAACUGCUAUCAUUCCAGUGCCACUGAAUCCUGACUACCCAGCCAGACAUUAUGAUGAAUCAGCUGCCCAUUGGGGUUUCCAGCAUCCUAAUCAAGACCUUUCAGAUGAACAGGGAUUCUAUCAGGUUCAGCAGCCUCUUUCCUUCCAAGCAAAUAGUCCCGACACAGCUGACAUUUGUUAUGGGAACGCAUUUAGAUCCAUGCAUACCAGUGGAAGGGACAGGAAUAUGCCUGAUGAAUCGGAGGUAAUGUUCUUGGAAUUCCGGCAGCCUGAUUUUUGUGGUGCGGCUGUCCCAACAUCUCCUCGGAAGUGGGCUAAGCUGAUCUAUGGCCUCAAAUUUUGGAUUUUAAUGAGCAAGCAUAUAGCCGCCAGAAGGCCAGGAGUUGUGCAUCUGGAGUGUCCAAACAUGGUGCCAACUAGUUGCCUUCAUGCACUUGGAGCAGGGUGGUGAGAGCUGAGAACAGCAUUUGACUACGAAGAUUGCUCAAAAAAACAUCUGACCAAGGAAGCAAAGAGGGAUAGGAGGAUCUAUCUCUCACAUUUUCACUGUAUUUGCACGUUAGAAGAGUCGAAAAGUUGAAAAUAGUAGUAAUCAUGCUGCAGAACUUUCAGUUUCUUGUUAUAUGUGUGAAAUUUUAGUAUAUACCAGCUUCAUUUCUAGUACUAUUGCGGUCAAUUUAUAGGUGAUAAAGGGACAAAAAUGUUAUGUAAUUUGGAAUAAUGAUUUGUAUAACUUGUGUGCUACUUCAAUUCUAGUUCCUUUAUUUGAAUUAUCAGCAUCCAUUCGCUUC